AUGGCAGCCCCACAGCUGGAUCCCGCUAAGCUGCAGCUCGUCCAGGAGCUGGAACUGGAGAUGAUGUCGGACAUGUACAACAGGCUGGUGGGCGCGUGCCACCGGAAGUGUAUACCCUUGAAGUAUCACGAGGCUGAGUUAGGUAAAGGCGAGUCGGUAUGCCUAGAUAGAUGCGUGGCGAAAUACCUCGACGUUCACGAGCGCAUAGGCAAGAAGCUAUCGAAUAUGUCCUCGGGGGAAUCUGAAGAUUUGACUAAAAUCAACAUAGCUGAGAAGAAGUAAUGCAUUUUGGUGUCAAUAAGUUUUGAUAAGGUCCUCUCACUUUCUAAGGGCUAGUUUUAAAUUAGGCAGAUAAAAGUUGAAUCGAAAUACGACCAAAUACCGUUUCGCUUUGCAUUAUAUUUAGUAUAAAUAAUACAGGAAUUAAACGCUAACAUGACGUACCUUCAUUUUAUCUCGGAUAUUUCGAAUCAGGUUACAAUGAUCCGUGGUCACCGAGCGACUAAUAAGGGUUUGACAAACCCUUAUUAGUCGCUCGCUCUACAAACUUUGUAGUCGCUCUUAAACGCGCACGUAGCGCGUUUAAUACCUGUAUUAUUUAUAAAUAUUCCUUUUUUGGUUUUAGUGCAAUAUCAUCUAAUAUUUUUUAUCUGCCUAUAGAAAAACUAGUAUCAAAUUCUGCAAAAUUGCAAUAAAAAUGUAUUGUGUAUACAAUCAAUGGUAGAAAUAUUUUCUUAAGAUUAUCGCAUGGCAACUAAAUUUCUUUUUUAUUGUUUUGCGUCAAAUCUCUGCUAACCAUUUGCGAUAGGACCCGUCAAAGAGUAUAUAACCCGUGAGUUCUCUAACUUUUCGGGUAGAAUAAAUUAUAACUGCCUUGGUUAAACGCAGAUUAUGACUGAAAAUAAAAAAAAAUGUAGUGUGCAAACAGAUUUAACAUCAUGUUCAGGUCGGUGUUUCAUGGUACAGAUUUAUCAAAUGUCAAAAAGUUCCACUUUCAUUCCUUUUUACUAAUACUUGACACUUUUUUGGGUGCGUUUAUAUUUUUUCUGUUCAUGAAGCUUGUAGUGAUACAAAGGCGGUAUAAGACAUUUGCCAUAGUAAUUUUGUGAGCUAGCCCUUGAUAAAUUGUCAUUGGCUCCAAAAGCUGCCCAGGCUUCUAUUAUAAGCUGUUGUAUUUUUUUUAUGAGUUUUGUUUAUAAUUAUAUUCUCCUAACGAAAUUAAAGAAACACCAAAAAUUUGUUUAGAAAUAACCACAGGAUAGAACAAUACAUUAAUUUUAUAAAUAAGAGUGGAAGAGUCAUACUGAGAGUUGUCAAAACAGGCAUUUUCUUUUUUGAUCCGACAUUAUUAUAAAAGCUUAUUUCUCAAUAUUGUAGUGGCGUAAAUAACUGUUACUUGUAAUUCUUCUUCGAAAGCUUUGAGUCUGCUUUUAAAAAAAUUGCCACUUAUAUUUUCUCAACCUCUGUUAUUUUAGCUUAGCAGUGCAAUGGAUUUUGCAGUUAUCAUUUAUUUGGUUCUGUCUAUCCCGAAAUGAUUAAAGACGUGAUACAUGUGUAG